AUGCCCAAAGUAUUUGGAACCAUUACCCGACGCGAACAAAAAAGCUUAAUUGAUUUUGACACGAUUUCCCCUGAUAGACAAGAUUAUGCGCUCAUCUUAAUUUGUUCAAGAAUCAUUGUACGAAUUCAAUUGAAAUGUUUUCAAGAUUUGCUCCUCUCCAUAAAUGACAUCAAAUUCAUAGUUCGUAAAGAAAUCGAAUUAUUUCCCGAGAAACUUUUAAGGUUUUCAAUUCUGAUGAAAGAGUAUAAUUAUUGUCAUAAUUUAGAUGACAAUACCUUGUCAGAUUGUAAAAGUCUAAUCGAUCCAAUCGUGGACUCUGAUCAUCCCUUGGAUUCAAUCCGAAAAAUUUUAAAAAAAGAGAUCACCUCCAAACGGGACUUUAAUCCAAAUUUCGUUAAUCAGUUAUACAGGAAUUUAAUCAAUUUAUCCGAUGAUUUACAAAAGUACUUUUUAAAUCGUGACAAUUACGAUAAAAAAAAGCACAACAUUAGACCAAUCUAUUUUGUUGAUAACUACUUUGUGUAUCAGGAAGGUAUACCUGGUAGUCAAGAAGAAACUUUCAUUUUUUUUCCAAAGGCACUCGUUUGGUUGCCAACUUUGACGAUAUCAGAUGAGAUAAACCAAAGAAAUGCCUCAGCUUUUCAACUUCGAAAAAAGCCCGAAUUUUCUGAUAACAAGGGUGUACCGACAUUCCGUUCUCAGUUAUUAAGGAUGGGUCUAGUUCAAAAAAGUGUUAAUCAAAACAAAUAUGAUGAGAACUUGAUGAAAUGCACAAAGGGAAAGAGACGAAGAUCUUAUCAUAAGCAUAUCAAGGUAAUAAGAAACAAAGACGAAGUUCGAAGUCAGGAUCAUUCCCCAAAAACGCUUGAAUCUCCCGGGCCGAUGACAUCCAUUAGCGCAAUUCUCAAUCACGUUGAUGAGAAUGUUCAAAGUUCACAACCUCACAUUGAUAAUAACUUUAAUAAUUUUUCGAUGAUCCAAUGUAAUCCAAUUAAUCCGACUUGUUCCAAAUCAUUUGAUUUCCGAAACUUGUGUCCAUGCAUCCUUGACCAUCAACACCAUCAACGGCUUUUUUAA